AUAAAAAUGAAAUGAGGUAUCAGGAACAUCAGGAACAUAAAUAGAGGGAAGACUAAAAGAUUGAAAAUUUAAACUCAAAGUGCCCCUUCUUAUCUUCUGUAUAUAUCAUAUCUGUAUCUGUAUCUCUGUGUCUCACACACAAUGGGAGACUCUUCAAUGCUGAAGCUUGUAAUCCAGAAAGGCCCACGACAAGGCGAAACCCUAGAAUUCCGACCCGGAUCCAAAAUACGACUGGGUCGAGUUGUCCGAGGCAACUCAGUCGCCAUUAAAGACUCUGGUAUCUCCACCAAACAUCUCGAAAUUCACUUUGAAAGUGAUUUAGGUAAGUGGGUCAUCACUGAUCUCGGUUCUUCUAAUGGUACUAUUUUGAAUGGUAGUGUGAUUGAUGCUAAUACGCCUGUUUGUCUUUCGAAUAAUGAUGUUGUUAAAUUGGGUGAGGUUACUUUGAUUGUUGUAAAUAUUUGUGAUGAGGUGGCGGUGUUACGGAGCAGUAGGCGGAAAGGGGUUGUGGAGAGUGCUGUGGCGAAGGGGAUUGGAGGGUUUGGGGAGGGUGGUGAGGUGGAAAGUGUGGUGGAGAAACCGAGAAGGGGGCUGACGAGGAAAGCCAAGGUGGCUGGACAUGAGGGUGUGAAGGAGGCGGGGAACGAUGAGGUUGAGGUCAUUGGGGAGAGUGGUGUGGGGAAAAAAGUUGGAGAGGUGGGGGAGGUGGAAAAUGUGGUGGAGAAACCGAGACGAGGGCGGGGGAGGAAAAAGAAGGUGGAGGGGAAUGAUGAGGUAGAGGAGAUUGUGGGUGGGAAGGGGAAUGAGAAUGUAGUGGCUGUUGAGGUGAAUCGAGGGAGGCAAUUGAGGCCAAGGGUUACGAGGAAUGCGAUUAAGGAGGAAGGAGGGGAGUUGGGUUCUGUUGAGGAUUUUGGGAAGCAGUUGGAUAGCCUGGCUGUGAUUGAGAGGAAGACGCGGAAGGGUAGGGGGAAGAAGAAGGUUGUGGAGGCAGAGCCUGAAAAAGAGGUUGUUGAAGUUAAAAUAGAGGUUGAGGAGGGUUUGAUGAAGGCUUUACCUGAAGUGGUUCUUGAUCGGGAUGUCAAAGAGAGUACGAUAGACGAGUUUGCUGAUAAGUCGAGAGUUGAUGAUGUGUUGGAAAUGAAGGAUAUUGAGCAGGAGGGGGGGUCUGGGGUGAAAAAUGGCGAUGUUAAUUUAGAAGUGGAGCCAGAUUUGGAGAAAAUGACAUUGGGGGAGUGGUUUGAUUUUCUGGAGGUGUAUUUGCCAAAAAAGAUUCAUGAUGAGACAGAAGAGAUAAUUUCUGCUAUGGAAGAGAGAGCCAAGCAGUUUCACGAGUAUAGUGUGCAACAAAAGCGUGCAAUGGGAAAGGGCAAAUCACCGAUGUCAUAGACGUAGAAUGAUUUAAGCAGAGUGCAAUGAGGUUAGAGCUAUUACGUAUGGUUCAUUGUAUUUUUUUGGACUCGUGUGUUCUAGCUCUGAAUUUUAUGUCUCACUUGUAAAAUAUAUAUCUGGAUAGGAAGUUAAAAGUUGUUAGCAGUCAGAUAUGACGUUGAUGUUCUAUAUGCUAAUACCUGAAUUUUGCAUCUGUAGCUUAUCUUAUUAGAAUCUAUAUAUGAUUAAUGAUUUA